CCAAAUUUCGUCUUCAACACUGACAGUUGACCUAAUUUCCAAUCGCACACAUUUCACCUAUAUAUCACCAUCUGCUUUCCGAUCUACAAUUCUUCACAAAAUUCGCUACUAAUCGCUGAAAAUGGGGAACUCCUUUGGAUGUUCAGCCUCCGGUGAACGGUUGGUAUCGGCUGCCAGAGACGGAGACUUCGUUGAGGCGAAGAUGUUGCUCGAUUGUAACCCUUGUCUUGCGAAAUACUCCACUUUUGGUGGAUUGAAUUCGCCUCUUCACUUUGCCGCUGCUAAAGGCCAUAAUGAUAUUGUUGCAUUGUUGCUUGAUAAUGGAGCUGAUGUUAAUUCUAGGAAUUAUUGUGGUCAGACGGCAUUGAUGCAAGCUUGUCGGUAUGGGCACUGGGAGGUUGUUCAAACACUGCUUCUGUUUAGAUGCAAUGUUAUGAGGGCCGACUAUCUUAGUGGGCGAACUGCUCUCCAUUUUGCAGCUGUGAAUGGACAUGUGCGUUGCAUACGUCUUGUUGUGGCUGAUUUUGUGCCUAGUGUUUCACUUGAAGAUGUGGAUGCACAAGCAAAUGGUGACGGAAGCAACAGUCAUGGACCCAAAAGCAAAUUUGACCACGGUGCAUUGGUGAAGUUUGUUAAUAAAGCUGCUGAUGGUGGUAUAACUGCUCUUCACAUGGCGGCAUUGAAUGGGUAUGCAGAUUGUGUACAGCUGCUUCUCGAUCUGCAUGCAAAUACAUCAUCUGUCACGUUCCAUUAUGGAACUUCAAUGGAUUUGAUAGGAGCUGGAAGCACUCCUUUGCAUUAUGCUGCUUGUGGUGGAAAUUUAAAAUGCUGUCAGAUUCUACUUGCAAGAGGUGCUAGUCGUUUGACAUUAAACUGCAAUGGGUGGCUUCCGCUUGAUGUUGCAAGAAUGUGGGGCCGUCAUUGGCUUGAACCGUUAUUGGCUCCAAAUUCUGAUCUGGCGAUACCCGUGUUCCCCCCUUCUAAUUAUUUAUCAUUGCCCCUCAUGAGUGUACUUAACAUAGCCAGGGAGUGCGGUUUGCAAUCGUCAGGAACUCUUUCUGAUGACACUGAUAUUUGUGCUGUCUGUCUCGAGAGAUCUUGCACAGUAGCUGCUGAAGGUUGCAGGCAUGAACUAUGCGUGAGAUGUGCUCUCUACCUAUGUUCAACAAGCAAUAACCCGUCUGAAUUAUUGGGCCCACCCGGAUCCAUUCCAUGCCCGUUAUGCCGACAUGGCAUCAUUUCAUUCACCAGAUUACCCGGUUCACCCGCAAAAGAAAUCAAACUACAUCUUUCCCUCGGCUUCUGCACCCCAUGCAUGCUUCACCCUCGUGAACCAACCGACGAGUCUACACCCGAGAUUAGCAAGAACCGUGUUGCUUCCGUUUCACCAGAACUGUUCUGUCCGGUUACUUGUAGCCCGUUCCCUUCUGUUGCCAUUCCGUUAUGCACCUGCAAUGACGGCACAUGCCCGUCAUCUCAAUCACGAGACGAUGAAGCUCAAGGUGGUUCAGAUGGUUCACCGUCUCAUCGAACCAUCUCGGGUGAGGAUGGGAAACUGGGUUCACUCAGGCUCGAGAAAACUAGCUGCUCGAGCAUGUUUUGGGGCAGGAGGAGCUGCAGCAGGGAACAACAGUGUAAUUCGGAGAUCAAUGCUUGAUUCGUGAAGUUUUGAACAGAUGCUAUUGUGAAAGCAAUAAUGGUGGUUUUGCUGGAAUAGUUUGUGAUAUAUAAUGAUGGUUAUUGGUGGUGGUGGUGGUGUUAUGGGAUUGAUGUUAGGAUGUUGUAGGAGAAAAAAAAGGGUUUGUAAAAAUAAGGAUAAGUGUGUUUGUUGGGGUAUAUUGUUAUUGUUGUAGGAUACUACAGUUGGUCACUGUUCUACCUGAUUGCAGCUGUACUAACAUAACAUUGUUUCUGUUGAUGAUUAGUCAAUCUAUUUCUUGAAAUUAUAGAUGUUUUUAA